GGUUUCUUCUGACGCUUUCCCUCUACCCUUCAAUGGAAACUCACCAAAACAAAUAGUCAAACCCCUCUCUCUCUCUCUACAUCCACCCUUUGACAUCUUCCAAUUCUCUCUACAAGCUUUAUUAUUUUUAGAGAGAGAAAACUGACAGCCAAACAGAGAGAGAAAGAGGGAGAGAUCAUGUAUGGAGUACAUCCGCCAAAGAAAUCCGAUGAGGUCGUCGCCGGUGGAAAGACGGAGGUUAUCCGAACGUACCAGACUUGGAAAGGCAGCAACAUAUUUUUCCUUGGAGGAAGAUUCAUAUUCGGACCAGAUUUCAAAUCAGUGUUUCUAUCAAUGUUCCUAAUCAUAGCUCCAGUUGCAGUCUUCUGUGCAUUCGUCGGCCGAAAGUUGCUUGAUCAUUUCCCCCAUCACCUCGGAAUAUUAAUCAUGGUGAUACUAAUUGCAUUCACAAUCUACUCUGUAUCCCUCCUUGUAAUAACCUCCGGAAGAGACCCUGGUAUAAUCCCCCGCAACACACACCCACCAGAACCCGAAACAAUGGAUCAAUCCUUAGAAAUCGGAUCUAGCCAAACUCCACAGUUACGUUUACCUCGAUUCAAAGAAGUAAUAGUCAACGGGAUGACUGUAAAAGUCAAAUACUGCGACACUUGCAUGCUUUAUCGACCUCCACGCUGUUCUCACUGUUCUAUAUGUGACAACUGUGUUCAACGAUUUGAUCAUCAUUGCCCUUGGGUUGGCCAAUGUAUUGGAUUGAGAAACUACAGAUUCUUUUUCAUGUUUGUCUCCUCAGCUACUCUUCUUUGUGUUUAUGUUUUCUCCUUUUGUUGGGUAUAUGCAAUCAAGAUUAUGAAGAGUGAAGAUGUGUCUAUAUGGAAGGCAUUAAUCAAGACUCCUGCUUCCAUUGUUCUCAUAAUCUACACCUUCAUAUGCGUUUGGUUUGUUGGUGGACUUACUGUCUUCCAUCUUUAUCUCAUCAGCACAAACCAGUCUACGUAUGAGAACUUCCGUUAUAGAUACGAUCGAACUGAAAACCCGUAUAAUCGUGGGGUUUUUGAGAAUUUUAAGGAGGUGUUUUGGACUAGAAUACCCCCGUCCAAGAAUGAUUUUAGGGCGGUGGUGGAGAGGGAGGCUGAGAUGUUGGGUAGGACUCCCAGGGGUAGUUUCGUAAAUUCAAAUGUAGAGAAGACUCCGAGUGAUGUAGAAAUGGGGAAUAAUAGGAAGCCUAUGGAGAGAUUUGAUAGGAGGAGAAGUGGAAGCUGGGAUUUAGCGAGUGAUGUCGGGUCAUUUGGAUCGGGUUAUGGGGAGUCGAACCGGAUAAUGGGUGGAAGUAGUGGGAGUUUGGGUGGUGGUGCGUUGACUAGUCAAAAUAGGCAAUGAUAUAAGUCGUUGACUUUGACUCCUAUGUGCAGUGGUAAUGUUUAAUAGUUUGAUUUUUUGGGGUGGAUAGAAUGGGGAAUAUAAGAAAAACCCAUUUCUGGCUUAUGAAUUAUAAUAGUGUGUACAU